AUGCUCUCCCACCUGCGAUUCCACCGGCGGGGGCCCUCAAAUCCGACCUCGCCGGCUCCGGACCAAUCCUCACCGUCGUCUCUCAAUAGCCAUCAGCAGUCUCCCUUGAACCCUGAAUCGGCAUCUCCUCUCGAUGCGCAGCUGUCUUCUUCUGCUUCCACCUCCAUGCCGCCUACCUUGCCGCCGAUAACCCGCGUGACGUCAACCGAACUUAAUUUAGAACCUCUUGGGGAGAAGCGGGAUGUCGAGAAACAACCGCAGACUGCCAGCCGCCCUCCGCAGGCCCAGCGGCCGGCAUACAGCACCGGCUCCGGGUUUAUCGGCGGUGUUGCGCUGCGGAACUAUCAGCGGAAUGUGGAAGCGCAGCAAGUUGACGGCCAUGCUCAAGUUUCCCACCCGACGCCCAUGUCGAACAAUGCCGAUCUAUCAUCCAGGCCAGCGCCACAGGCAUCCAGUAGUUCAAAGAGCAGUCUACCCUACUCCUCAUCAUCUAACCAGCGGCUCUCUGCUUCUCGACUGGCUGGCGAAUCUCUGUCCUCGAGUACUGUAUUGAAUAUUGAGCCUCAGAAGGGGAAGAAGGGGCUGCCGUUUCUCAAGAACCCCAUGUCAACGUUACUGUUGAGAAGGAGGAACAACCAAAAUCUACCGAAUGCUUUGCCUCUUCCCCUAGACAGUCGUCUAGACGAGCCUACAUAUGACCCGCGUAUCAAAGGCACUAGGGUUCAUGACUUUAGUGCGCCGAGACGCCGGACAAAUGCUCCUGCUACUGAUACUGUCGCUAUCCGCUCUGCAUCCUUGGCCAAUAUCGCCCUGGAAUCGGGCGUUGGUCCUCAUGACGGGGCGGAGGCCCGAGGCCCAGUGGUGUUGGAUGGGCAGCUGCAACGCCGCAUGCUGAGCAGUGCGUCGGAUCCUGCUCGCCCAGAAUCCGGAAGCACAAAUUCGCACACAAUCGCUCAAUCGUCCAGUGUAUCUUCUGUUAGAACGGGAUCCUCCACUGCUGAGCAAGCCUUUCCGCUGGACGACCAUGUCGUUGCUGGACUAACCAUGAAGAGCAAUGACCCAGCUCUUCAAGCAACCCCCUCAAUAGCUUCUCAGGCCACCACUCAAGAGAUGGAUAAUCUAGCCAAGAAUACUGGCUCUAUACGAACUACCCGAUCAAGAAACGUUUCCCUCUCAUCCAUACCGAGACACAUGAAGAGCACCUCUUCGCGAUUUAGCUUUGACAUGGUUGGAGCCGCCAAGCAGGAGAAGAUCCUAGAAGAAAGGCACCGACAGCGGGAGUUGGAUAAGAAGGCUGCACAGGGCGAGCCAAGGGACUCCCGCUUUGACGACUUCGAUGAAGAUGCCUUUGAUUAUGACGCCAUGAUGGACGAUGAUGGAUUGGAAGAAAAAAUUCCUGGAAUUAAUGCCGAUUAUGAGGAUGAGGAAGAACCGUAUCUCGAUGACCAAUACUACGAACAGGAGGCCCAGUAUAUCGAGGAUGAAAUAGACCCAGAUGACGACCAAGAAAACUUUGCCGGCUUCACGUUCCAGCGGUCUAAUCCGACCUCGUCUCUAGCGACUCCACAGAGCGGAGGCAUGAUGCCAACCCCCAGAGACGCCGAAGGCGAGGUCAUAGGCUGCGCUAUGACAAAAGACACACCGGGGCUCUCGAAUCUUUCCUUAUCGCCUGAGUCGGGCUCAGUCCCAGAUCAGGGGUCCGAUACUGUGGUGUCUGGUCUGGGGAUUCAUGGGGUUGAUGCUGUUUCGGCCUCUUUCCAAACAUUGAAUUUGGAGGCAGCCUCCGUCCCGGUCCCUAUUGGUAUGCCACCGCCACCGGGCACGCAUCGCGGGAUCAGUGAUGACGACAUCUAUUUUGAUGAAGGCAUGGCUAGCUUCGGUGGUGUAUUCGCCGAGGAUCUUGCCGGAUCGCCUGUGGAUGACGGGGUGCCUUUUGACGAAUCAAUAUUCGACAAUGAUGAUACAGAUCAAUACGGUCGACCUCUGCCAGGAGCUUUUGCACUGGCAAAGUCGGCGCGGGAGAAAAAUGGCCAAGAAUGCCCGAAGGAAGAGAUGGAGCAGCAAGAGUCUGAAAUGACCUCGCAGCAACUUUCAGAGCAACUAGUAGUUGCUCAGUCGGCGAUGCAGGCCACUGCGAGCCUCAGCACAGAGCACCCAAACGAGAAUGAUGUUGCUGAAGUUUCAAGUGACUUACCUCCGUUAUCUGAGACCACUAUUGUUGCUCCUCAGCCGACAGCCUACAACGCAAAUCCUAUUGCCGCCUAUCAGGCGGCUCUGGCUGCAGCUGCCCAGAAAGCAGCGGAAUCUGGCCAUUUCGAACGUGCAGCAGCGCAGUCUCCCACCGACAUAGAUACUAAUGGCCAAGUGUCUACGAACUUUGACGAGUCAGAUGCGCUCCGUGACUACGAGUACGACGACUACGGCUAUUCUUACGAUGAUAUGGAUGACUUUGAGAUGGACGAUGAUGCCAUCAUCGCGGAGGCCAAUGCUAGCGCUCUAGCUAACGAUUCCGACGGGUGGUAUGGGCAAGAGUUUGGCUUUUAUGCCGCUCCAAUCAAUAAUCAUGGCUCGAAUGCCAACCUUGAGGACAACGGAUAUGUCGCUGGUGGGUUUUUUGGCCCUAAAGGCGCAAGCAAUAUAAAUCGCAGCAUAAGCGGGCGUGUGGUCUCUCGAGAGCCGAACCUGACCCCCAUCACCGAGCGAUCUGAAUAUUCCAACAGAAAUUCUCUCAUGAGCCUCGGAAUGCCACCUAUCAGCGGCACUCCCAUUCUUCAGAGCCCCGGACUGGCUCAGCUGGCUAUGAUGGCGGAUCGAGGUGACGACCAGAUGAAUCUCACAGCACUCCUCCGGCUGCGGUCCAAAGCAUGGGGAGGCUCGCAAGCUAGCUUGGCUUCCAGUAAAGAUGGUUCCCCAAGGUCAGAAAGAGGGGACGCUCCAGGUUCACCAAGAGGACCUGGCUUUCCAGCCGGGUUUCCUCCCUCCACCGCCGGUCAUACACGAAAGAAUUCAGUCUUCUCCAUUGUGAGUCGCGAUUCGGAUGGUAGUGUUCCUGCCAGCCCUACCCUUACAAUGCCCACGUCAGCCCUUGCCCACAGCUCGUCAGUUGGGCCCGAUUUCAUGAAUCGAGACGCAGACAUGGCUUCAGCCUGGGGGGCGAUCUCAACAUCCCCGAUCCAAAUGGGACCGAAUAUCUUACAAGAAGGUAUUUCCCCGCUCAGCGAUCCCCAUUAUCCUUCUGCCUUCACAGUAGCCAAUGCACAACAGCAUGCUAUGGGUAGCAGUCAAGACGCCUCAAUCGCAGAGAAAGGCCAUCAGCGGCAGAAGGGAUCGACCGAUAGUAUAUCUUAUAUGAUGGAAGAAGAGAGCGGGGAGACGCGGUGGGUCAUGGAACGCCGGCGAACAGGGGAAUUUGGGCAAGUAGAGAUUUUGGAACGGGAGGUAGUAGAGGGGGGACGUAUAUAG